AUGGUCAUGAAAGGCCUGUGGGAGAAAUCUUUACAUCUAGUCCUUAUACCCCUAGAGAUAAUGAAUGUUGGAGAUGCAGGUGCAGGACACAGCAGCUGCUCAGGCCGCCCCUGCAGCCGGGCGGGCGCUACUCUCCGGCACGGAUCACCAGAGCCCUCGGAGCGGGGCACCGCGCCACCGCCGGCAGCCGCGAAACGGCCCGGCCAGGCCACGCCGCCGCCGGCAGUUGGAGCCGCCUCCAGCCGGAAUCCGCUCCUGGCUUCCCGCCGCGCCCCGCGGGGCCCCAUAGCGGCGGCGGGGCAGGAGGCCCCGGUGUCGGGUUUCAGCCGGAGGAGCCGGUUGUGCGGCAGGGGGAGGGGAGCGGCGGGGGAAGGGCGCCCCAGGGCCAGACCUGAGGGGCUGCUGCCGUGGGCAACCCUCAGGGCAAUGACCGCCCCUGACACGGCCCAGGCGCCCCGGGGAGCAGCCCCAGCUCCCGGUGCGGGUCCCAGUGCGCACAUCCCGCUCGUGGCCGGCGGGAGCAAGGAGCAGUCCCGGCCGGGGUGUGCCCAGCGUGCUGCAGGGAUGACAAGGCUGUGUGGGGCAGCGCCGCUGAGACAUCCUGGCAUGGGUGGGGAGCCUUUGAACCGCUGGUUAUGCACGGAGAAAGAAAAUGGGAUUUUCUCGUUUCAUGGAUAUUGCAUCUUGAAGCAUUUCUGCACUUCAAAGUUAGACCUGACUGUCUGUGACACCAACACAGAACUGUAAACUCCUGUUGUGGACAGAUUUUUUUACCCAUGCUGAUUUGAGAAGUGUGACUCAACGAAUAAACUGUUUUCCUGCCUGUGUCUCUUAAAUAUUGGUAAAUAUGUGUUGCUUCAGUCAGACUUGGUGUGUUAAUUUUGUUAUGUUUGAAGUGUAUCAAAUUUUUGUAAGAAAGAAAUGGGUCUAAAUUAUAAAAGGUCAUUAUUCUCUCUUCUUUUCCCCACUAUCUCCCCCAGAGUGUUUAUUAUAGC